AUUUCUUCUCCUAUUAGUAUCUGAAAGAACCAAACAAUUUUUUAGCUUUAUUUUUUUUUGCUCGCAAAAUCCAGGUUUCUGUUAGAAUAAUGCGAGCAAAAUUUUGAAGAAAUUUAAUGGCUGCUGUUAAGCGAGUGAUUCCAUUAGGUGUUAAUUACGGUAUUAGUUUGUCCAAAUUGCGAGGGAUUAACAAUGUAGCCAUUAACGUUCCUGCAGCUUCAUUGCUUGUAAAUAGGUCUCAAUGCAAGGCCGUUGGUUAUAAUUUCAAAUUUUCCAGUUUACUUUCGUCGAAAUCUUAUGCUCAUAACAAGUUUGAUUAUAGGCAGAUCUCUCAACUGGUUAAACCGGAUAGCAAACGUGCCUUUCUCGUUGAUACAUUAGCUAUGGUUCGUAGAUUAGAAGCACACGGUGUACCUUCAAAGCAGGCAGAGGCAAUAACAUCUGCGAUUACUGAGGUUUUAAACGACAGCUUGGAAAACAUUGCUAAUUCUUUUGUUUCACUAGCUGAAAUGCAGAAAUCUGAUUUGGUUCAAGAAGCGAAUCUUUCCAAGUUCAAAUCCCAUGUAAAAAGUUCUCAGGAGAAUCAUUUUUCUCUACUGCAACAUGAAACUGAAAAGCUUCGGAAUGAUAUUGAGAAAGUGCGUACUGAAUUGAGGUAUGAGAUUGAUAAGCUUACUGCUGGCCAACGUUUGGAUUUAAAUCUCGAAAGAGGAAGCAUUCGCGAUGAGCUUGCCAAGCAAAGUACAGGGACCACUGACCUUGCUAACAAACUAGAUCGAGAAAUCCAUGCCAUGAGGGCCCAACUUGAAGCUGGAAAAUAUGAAGUCAUCAAAUAUUGUAUAGGAAGCCUUGUUUCUAUCUCAGCUGUUGGCCUUGCUGUGCUUCGGUUAUAUGCUUAAAGAGAUGUUCCAAAAGAUAUUUAUAUUGCCUCAAAAAUAGGAAGAGAUAUAAUUGUUGACAUUAUUCUUUUGGGAGCUUAAGUAGAUGUUUAUUCAUAGUUGAAUCAAUUGUAAUAGUAUUUGAAUUGGCAGAAAGGUUA